UUUGUUUUUUAUGACACCAGGUGCUGUCAUUUUUAAAUCAUCUGCGUAGACAGUGGAAACUACUAUUUUUUUUAUAAUAUUUCAAAAUGACUACAAAGCGAGCCGCAACUAGAGCCGUGAAGCCUUUGAUGUCCACAGACUUCUGUGAAGCUCGAAGACGAGCUCUUGGACUAUACAGAGCGUUUUACCGAUAUAUUCCCUACAUCAUUAAACAUCACGACAUUCAGAAAAAUGAAGAGGACUGUCGUUGGAAGCUGAGGGAGUAUUUCUAUAAACAUGCCUGCAUCACCGAUAUAAGAAUUAUAGAUCUGCUUGUGAUCAAGGGUUACAUUGAAUUAAAAGAAGUCACUCAUCAAUGGCAGCAAAAAGGUCAUAUUAUAAGGCACUGGAACCCAAGCAUUGAGCCCAAGCCUUGCGACUUUCUUGGCAAGUUCUUAGCUGGAAUGGAUUGAUUAAAAUAGUUUAUUAUUUGAUUUUAUUUAAUUUUAAUUUUAAAUCUUUUAUUCUGGCUUAUGUUUGCUUAAAAUAAAUAACACUUUAGAGACUAAGUGGUUGAUUUCAUUCCACAUACAUGUACCUACGUGGCUUAUUGUAACAGGAGUUUGGAACUUAGGAUUGUUCAGUAUUAGGUUCUUCGCACUCUUUAGACACUUAACUGGGCAGUUAAUAACGAUAUUGGUCGGGUCAUGUACUUUUCGCGUUAGGCUCUCUAUAGCAGACAUUUUAUUAGCAGAUAGGCUCUGGAUAGUUCUACUUAUUUUCACAUAAAUAAGAAGAAUAAGUGGCAUUCAAUUCGAAUUCAAAUUAAAAAAAAAAUACAGGUUUUUUAUAGUCUGUGCAUUGGCAACCCUUAAUAUAAUAUAUAUUCGCGGGCGAUUAAAAAAAGGGACAUAUUUAAACAAAAAUAAAUACGUGGUAAUUGGUACUCAUUUCACUGUAAUUCAUAAGUAAAUAUAACAUUUCCGAUGUAGCUUAUCAUUCACAACCAUAAAAUUACAAUAUUA